AUGAAUUCCACCCUUCCUUCUUGGAAGGACCGCACGCAGAAUCAGUUCGGCAAGCUUCAGAUCCAGGUACCAUGGCGGUCGAUCCAGCUCCUCGUCCCGCAUCGCAUGCGACGGAAGAUUCGCUCCAAGCUUCGCAGCAGGCUUUCUCCGACAUCUUCGAUAUCGUCUCUGCAAACGUCCUUUUCGCCCAUGGAUACGCUCCGAUCACUGCAGAGCCAUCGUUGGACGCUAUAUGAUUUUCAAUACUUGCUCCUGCUGAUCCUUCUGAUCUUCUCCCUGAGUGUGAUGGGAUCUCCUGGGCCUUUGGGGAAGACGGCGAUGUUUACCCUGCUUCUCCUUUCUCUCCUACUCCCGAUUACACGCCAAUUCUUCUUGCCGUUCCUUCCAAUUGCGGGGUGGCUGAUCUUCUUCUACGCCUGCCAAUUCGUUCCAAGCGAUUGGCGCCCGGCUAUCUGGGUCCGCGUGCUUCCGGCCCUGGAAAACAUCCUCUACGGAGCGAACAUCAGCAACAUUCUGUCUGCUCAUCAGAACGUUGUCUUGGACGUGCUGGCGUGGCUGCCUUAUGGCAUUUGUCACUAUGGCGCACCAUUUGUCUGCUCGCUCAUCAUGUUCAUUUUCGGUCCUCCCGGCACGACUCCCCUCUUUGCACGGACGUUCGGUUACAUCAGCAUGACUGCUGUCGCCAUCCAGCUGUUUUUCCCCUGCUCGCCUCCGUGGUACGAGAACCUCUACGGGCUGGCACCGGCCGACUACUCCAUGCCGGGUAACCCCGCGGGUCUUGCUCGCAUCGACAAGCUUUUCGGAAUCGACCUGUACACCUCGGGCUUCAGGCAGUCCCCUGUCGUGUUCGGUGCUUUCCCCUCUCUGCACGCUGCGGACUCGACUCUGGCCGCUUUGUUCAUGAGCCAUGUCUUCCCGCGGCUGAAGCCCUUGUUCGUGACUUACACCCUGUGGAUGUGGUGGGCAACCAUGUACCUGUCGCACCACUAUGCAGUGGAUUUGGUCGGUGGUGGCCUCCUGGCUACGGUUGCAUUCUACUUCGCCAAGACCCGAUUCCUCCCGCGCGUCCAGAGCGACAAGACUUUCCGCUGGGACUAUGACUACGUGGAGAUCGGAGAUUCUGCUCGCGAAUAUGGCUACGACUUGGCUGCCUACGACGGCGACUUCAACCUUGACAGCGAUGAGUGGACGGUUGGAUCGUCAUCCUCCAUCUCUUCUGGCUCCCUGAGCCCGGUGGACGACCACUACACCUGGGAAGGAGAGUCUUUGGCGUCGCCCAUCGCCGAUGUCGAGUCUGGCAGACAUAUGCUCAGUGCUUAA